CCAUUGCGAUUGCGCGUCCGGCAGUGCCCCGACAGGGCACGAGGGGAAGGAGGGUCUCUAGCCGCGCCGGCGCCCCACCCGGAGCUGCACCCAGGACGGCGAUGGGCGCCGCGACGGCCAAGGCCGAGGAGGCGGCCGGUGCCGAUGGAAGCCUCCCCGGGGCGCCCCCGCCGGACUGGCCGCGGCUGCCCAACGAAGUGCUGGCGCUGGUCCUGAGCUGGCUGCCGCCCGAGACGCUGGCCACGCGCUGCCGGCUGGUCUGCCGCCGCUGGCGGGACCUGCUGGACGGGCCCGCCGUGUGGAAGCUGCAGUGGCGGAGGGAGCCCGGGAUGCGCGCCGCUCUCGAGGCCGCCGCCCGCUGUCCCCGCCUGCGCUGGAGCCGCCUGGGCGUCCUGCGCCCGCUGGGCAGGAACCUCGUCCGGAACCCCUGCGGGAGAGAGGAGUUCCGCCAUUGGGCUCUGCACUGCGAGGGAUGGAAGGACGGCUGGAAGGUGGAAGAGAACCGGAGCCCCGUGGAAGGCGCCGAGGCCCAGACCUGCUUUGCCGCCUCCUAUGAGUGGUGUCAGAAGGAGCAGGUGAUCGAUCUGCUGAAGGAGGGCUUGUGGCCGGAUCUGCUGGACGCUUACCAGCCUGAUAUUGUGGUCUCUGACUGGUGGGGUGGCCGUCAGGACUGUGGCUGCAAAUACGAGCUCUUUGUUGCCCUCUUGGCAGCUAAUAAAAAAACGAAGAUUGAUGUUUUUGAAGCGAAACCAGAUCCCAUCCCUCAGUGGAAUGAUGCCUCCUACCAAAAGGUGACCCACACAUUCAGAAGAUAUGGCCCCGGAGUUCGCUACGUACUUUUUAGGCAGAGGGGGAAGGACACACAGUUCUGGGCAGGACACUACGGUGCCCGGGUGACCAACUCUUCCGUCGUAAUCCAGUUUUCCUCAGAGUCUGCAGAAUCCCUGGAGCCUGGGCUCCCUUCCUCCUGAUACCCCAGCCCAGUUCUGCCUCACCUUUUGUGAUCACCUUUUGUGACCUUCUGCCCAACAGAGUGAAGAGGAAAGACAGGUUCACUGAACAGCGGUGUUACUCAUUUAAAAGGGGAGCGUGAUUCCCUUAAUAAA